UUGUCUGUGGUUUGGGAUUUCAGCGUGGGAGUUUGGUUUUUGAUCAACUUGUUGGCUUUUUGGUUCUAUAAAUUCAGUGCUUCAAGAAGACAGACUCCCCUUCCACUUUUCUUCUUUCUUUCUUUCCCAUCACACUUUUAAGAUAUUUCUUGUAAUUGCUCCUUCAGAUCUCUGCCUCUCAACACCAACCCUUCAUUCUUCUCUUCUUCUCCGUCACGUUGAUUUCUUGAAUCCAUCCACACUCACACCGUUCUGAAACUGAAACCAAAAUCUGAAGCUUUUCUUAUUAUCUUAGAUGCCCAACAUCGUGUUCUUGAUGUUUGAGAUUCAUGUAUCCAAUUCUCAGUGAAAUAUUCUUUUCUGGGUGUAUGAUCAAUUCCACUGUCAGGCGCAGGACCCAUUUAGUUCAAUCCUUCUCAGUUGCUUUCCUUUACUGGCUCUACUACGUUUCAUGAUUUCUCAUUUUUAUUAAACCCGUAUUUCUUAAAUACUUCUUCUUUUUCUUUGCAGUACUACUUUUAUCUCCAAUAUUUUUCGUUUUCUUUUUUUUGUGUUUCUGGGUCUUGCGAACUAAGUUGAGUGUCCAUUUCUAUUGCCCUCUCUCACAUCACAUGGCUUCCCCAAGCGGAACCUCUUCAGGGUCCUCUAUGAUUCAAAACUCUGGCUCAGAGGAGGACCUGCAGGCGUUGAUGGAUCAGAGGAAGAGGAAGAGAAUGCUAUCAAACCGUGAAUCUGCAAGGCGAUCUCGAAUGAGGAAACAGAAGCACUUGGAUGAUCUUGCUGCACUCGUGGCUCAGCUCAGGAACGAGAAUCACCAGAUGCUGACAUCAGUUAACCUCACUACCCAAAAGUACUUGGCUGUCGAGGCUGAAAACUCGGUUCUGAGAGCUCAAGUGGGUGAGUUAAGCCACAGAUUGGAGUCUUUGAACGAGAUCAUCGAGUUCUUGAAUGCCACCAAUGGGGUUUUUGGGCCUGCUGGACCACCGGUACCGGCCUCCUUCUAUGAGCCCGAUUAUGGGUUCUUCAACAACCCUUUGAAUAUGGCAUAUCUGAACCAGCCCAUCAUGGCUUCUGCAGAUCACAUGUUGCAGUACUGAGUGAGAUGAGAUGUUUUUAGAUGUUAGAUGGAGAGGAGAGGGGUGUUGCUUUUGUUUUCUUUUAGGUUUGAGUCUGUUAGAGAAGUUGUAAUCACUGCCAGAUAGUGAGUGCGAUAAGGAAUAAUGAUGAUGAAUGUGUCAACAUGACAACAUAUCAUAAAGCGGGUAAGCUUGUUGGGUUGCUGGUUCUGUAAAUGGGCCCUUUUGGUUCAGAGAUCAGCCUAUUAUUGUUGUAACUUGUAACUCUCCUUUGCUAUAUUAUAAUGCUAUUAUUGUCCAAGUUAUGUCAUCUAUU